AUGAGUAACCAGCCGCUGCAUGCCGGUACCGGCUUCGAGCGCGAGCGCGACCCCGACGAUCAGCGCCAUCGCCCUCAUCAUCAGGACGAUCUUACCCGUCGAGACAGAGAGGCCCGUGAACGCGACCGUGAACGCGAACGUGAGCGGGACCGCGAGCGAGACGAAGCCGACCGCCAGCACCGCGAAACUUACCCUCCCACCGCUCCCCAUCACAGCACCGCCGGCUCCCUCCCAAUCCACCAGCCUGUCGCGUCCAGGAUUUCAAGCUCUAUCACGGGGCCCGGCGGUCUUCUCGCGAACCACGGGGUCUCUGCCCCGUCACUUCCCAUCGGCGGCCCUUCUGCACCUGCCCCUGGCUUCGCCGGCUCGCUACACGGCGGCGAACCUGGUCGGGCUCCUCAACAGGGAGCCCCGGGAGGUGCAUCGGCACCUCAACAUCAGAUAUUUGCGCCGAUGGCUCACGGUCCAGGCGGUCCCAGUGGCCCCAACAAUCCUCUUGGAGCACCGGGCGGCCCCAGCGCCAUGUUUGGGGGUCCUCUUCAACAGGAAAAUGGACGAGGAAUACCGCAGGAAGGUGUUAGGGCUAUGCAGCAAUUACCCUUUGGCUCCAAUAUGGGCCCCGGGCAUGCCAUGCCUGCUGGCCCUGGCGGGAUGCCCCAAGGGCAGCAACCCAUCCUCAACGAUGCGCUUAGUUACCUUGAUCAAGUAAAGGUCCAGUUUCAUGAUCACCCCGAUGUCUACAACAGGUUCCUGGACAUUAUGAAAGAUUUCAAGAGCCAGACGAUCGACACACCCGGGGUCAUCAACAGAGUAUCGGAACUCUUUGCUGGUCAUCCUAACCUAAUUCAAGGGUUCAACACUUUUCUGCCUCCCGGAUAUCGAAUUGAAUGUGGCCUCGAAAACAAUCCAAAUAGCAUCCGCGUCACCACACCCUCAGGCUCGAUGAUCCACUCGAUCGGCGCAGGACGAGCAGGCCAGCACGAGGCGCAGCCGGCGGCGGGCCCUACACAGGGCUUUCUCACUACGAGGCCCGGCUGGCAGCCGCCUCUGCCGCACGGUGCGGAGAGCCCGGAAGCGACCUUUAGCGUACCGGUGCAGAACGGCCCUUCGGGUUUUCCUGGGCCCAGCCAGGCUGCUUCGUUCGACGGUACGAGUCCGGUCCAGCAGAGAUCGGUGCCCGCCCCCCAAAACAGCACCCCCAUCAACCACGCGCCGGCUCCACGCAACGCGCACACCCCGACACCUGCCGCUGGCCCGCCCAGCUCAAACGGCGGCGCUACACAGCAAGCUAGUCUGGAGAAGCGCGGUCCCGUGGAGUUCAAUCACGCCAUCAGCUAUGUCAACAAGAUCAAGAACCGUUUCCAGGAUAAACCCGAAAUUUACAAGCAGUUCCUCGAAAUUCUCCAGACAUACCAACGCGAGCAAAAACCGAUUCAGGACGUUUACUCGCAGGUCACCAGUCUUUUCCACACGGCGCCCGACCUUCUUGAAGACUUCAAGCAAUUUCUCCCCGAGUCUGCCGCACAAACCCGAUCCGCUGGCCAGCGACCCGAGGAGAGCAUGGCCAUGGCUGUUUCUACGCCGACGCCGCAGCCGGGACAUAUCGCUCGCGAUGGGCCCAAGAUGCCUCCGGUGGGCAACUUUGCACCCCCGGCAAGCGCAAGCAAAGAAAGCAAAAAGCGACGACCCGAAAAGGGUGCCGUGGCUGGCCCUUCGGCUUCUGAGCAGCCGCAAACCUCGGCGUUGCGAGGAACCGGUCCCGCCGCUCCGCCUGCCAACAAACGGGCCAAGCUGUCGCACAAGCCCAGUACCGCCGAGACGGCCUUCAUCGAGCCCACAUUGACGCCGGUCAUGCCCGAGCCGUUAGCGUCCACGCCGCUGGCCGUGUCGACCCAAGACGACCUGGCCUUCUUCGAGAAGGUCAAGAAACACAUCGGCAACCGGACAGCGAUGACAGAGUUCCUCAAACUUUUGAACCUAUGGACUCAGGAUCUGAUCACCAAGGAAGUCCUGGUUUACAAGGCGAACCAAUUCAUGGGUGGCAAUCCUGAACUUCUCAAUGCCCUCAAGGCUAUGAUUCGGCAAGAUGUUGCCGACGAGGCCAUCGAGAACCGGCCCGAGCCGCCAACAGGCCGUGUAUCCCUCAGUAACUGUCGCGGCUUCGGCCCCAGCUACCGACUUCUGCCAAAGCGAGAGCGGCUCAAGCCCUGCUCAGGGCGCGAUGAGCUCUGCCAGUCGGUGCUCAACGACGAAUGGGCCUCUCAUCCGACGUGGGCGUCCGAGGAUUCUGGCUUCGUCGCCCAUCGCAAGAACGCCUACGAGGAAAGCCUUCACCGCAUCGAGGAGGAGCGGCACGAUUACGACUUUUUCAUCGAGGCGAACCAGAAGUGCAUCCAGCUUCUGGAACCGAUCGCACAGCAGAUGCUCUCGCUGCCUGCGUCGGAGCGGCCCAACUUUAAAAUGCCUGCGGGGCUUGGCGGACAGAGCACAUCCAUCUAUAAGAGGGUCUUGAAGAAGAUAUACGGCCCUGACAAGGGCUGCGAGGUGGCCAACGACAUGUUCAAGCACCCGUUUACUGUCGUCCCAGUCGUCAUGGCGCGUCUGAAGCAGAAGGAUGAAGAGUGGCGGUUUACCCAGCGAGAGUGGGAGAAGGUUUGGCAGAGCCAGACAGAGGUCAUGCACCUGAAGAGCCUGGACCACAUGGGCAUACAGGUCAAGACCAACGACAAACGUAGCCUCUCAGCGAAGCAUCUCGUUGACCUCAUCAAAACCAAGCACGAAGAACAGCGUCGUAUCCGGGUUGCCAAGGGCAAGACUCCGCGCUAUCAGUUCGCAUAUGGUUUCUCGGACGAGGAACUUAUCUUGGACCUGCUCCGGUUUAUGGUCAUGUUUGCCACCAACGGAGGCCAGCAUAACGCGCAGGAGCGGAGGCGCAUCCUCGAGUUCAUUGAGUCUUUUAUCCCCCAGUUCUUUGACCUCCCGGAGGACAAGGUGCAGGAGAAGCUCGUCGACAUUGACCAGGACUCGGCCGAGGAGGACGAGGAUGAUGCGACUCCGGUUGAACUUAGCAACGGCCGCAGCCGUCGCAACGGCAAGAAGUCGGACCUCCUCCGCGGCGUACUCGACCCUGGCCGCAACGGCAGCCGGCCCCGUGGCCAGAAAGAGGAUAGCGCGGCGUCGGGCAGCAAGGAGACGACUCCGGAUGUGGGAUCGGCAAACGAGGAAGAGAUGCCGGAUGCGCCGGAAGACUCAUCCGUUCCGGAGGUGUCGAACGGGCGCUGGCUGCCCACGGUUCCUGGACCCAUCAUUGUGGAGAAGAGCAAGGGCGGGCGUGGAUCGGACCUCGUCGACGUUGACGGCGAGCUCAAGGCAGAUGCGCCGUUCCGACGGCACUGGUACAAUUUCUAUUGUAACCAGAACAUCUAUGUCUUCUUCACCGUUUUCCAAACUCUGUUCAAGCGGCUCGAGGAGGUCAAGCAGAGCAAGGACAGCGUCCUGGAGGAGAUUCGGCGCGAGAACGCGGAGAAGCCGGCUAAGAUUUUGGGUCUUGUCCACGAGGGCUUGCAUUACUUUGACAGCGAGGACUCCUCGACCUUCUGGCCCAAGACGGUGGAGUUGAUCGAGGAUUUCAUCACAGGCGAGAUCGACGAAAACCGGUUCCAGGAUGUCCUGCGGCACUACUACCUUGCCAAGGGCUGGAAGCUCUACACGAUCCAGGACCUCCUGAAGACGCUAUGUCGGAUCGCGCUGAGCUGCAACAACCCCGACGCCAAGGGCGAGAAGACCAAGGACCUGGUCAAGGCAUACCUGGAUAGUCGACAGCAGACCGAGACGAGCUUCCAGAAUGAAAUCAGCGCGCGCAAGUUUGCCGAGAAGUGCAUCAAGGACGGCGAGAUGUUUGUGAUUGCUUGGUACCCCGGUAAGAAGGAGGCAACGGUGCGGUGGUUGCAAAAGGAUGAGACGACAUUCUACAUGGACGAGAUGGAGCGGAUCCAGCAGUGGCAGUACUACAUCUCGUCGUACAUGCGCAUCGAGCACACCGAAGGCAUCGUGCGGUCGCGGCUGCAGAAGGUGCUGCUGGAGCGGAACCUGCCGUCGGACGCCAAGGACUCGUCCGAGGAGGGGUACUCGCCCAAGCCGCUGGUCAUCCACGAGGGUCUGGUGGUUAGGAUCUGCCUGAACUCGUCCAAGAUGGUGUUUGAGAGCGGCACGGCCGACUACUUUGCCUACAACACGGCGCGGCCCGGGACAGCCGACGAAGAGCGCGACGAGGAGGCCAAGCGGGCGUUCCGCCGCGAGAUUCGCGCCGAGAAGCUCAAGGAGAAGAUGGUCACUAACAAUGCGUGGAUGAAGGGCCUUAGCCACGAGGACGUGCAGAAGGCGAACAACGAGUACCAGAAGUGGAAGGAGGGUGAUGUUUCGCUGCCGCCGGAGGAGGAGGCGGACGUCACAAUGGAAGGCUAG